CCCAACGUCCUCCACAAUCGCGUGAACCUACAUCCAAAACCGAGAGUCGGAGCGCCUCAAUCAAUCGCCUUUGCGGCCAACGUCAGCGCCAGGCCGUCGUGACCCAAUUCAGCGCGCUCGUAGGCAACCACGGACGGCUGGCUUUGGGGCUUCGUAGAUGGUUUCCAUGGACGCUCUAAUCUUCGGCGCGAGCGACGCGCCUCGGGCGCAAGCCUGCAACUCCAUCAAUGAGCUCCGGGACCACCUACGCAGCCUCAUCACUGCCAAAUCCACCGAGACUCGGGCGGAACACAUUUCCGCAACGUUUGAGUUCCGAUUCCAUGUCGUCUUCUAUUUGACAGCAGACUCGGAAGGCAUCGCAGAGGAUGGAGCUGAUCCCGUCCGUCAGCUCCAGCAGUCCAUCACGCGAACAGUGAACGCCUCGGAGACAAUCCAAAACCAGCCUACCGACGACCCAGUACUUCAAACAGCUAUCGCCAAGCACAUAAUUAGCUCUGUGGGAGCCGAGGAUGGCAGCUCUUGGAAUGUGCGCUCAGUAUCGCGGGGGAAUCAGGGCUGGACUUUCACAUAUCACUGCAAGAACUCGGCCGAGACUUGGAACCGACAAAAUGCGAAGAAUCCUGACCGAUUACCCAUUGGAUUAUUCAGUGCUGUUGGCGGCCUGGAUCCCAUCAAUUUGUCUCGGCCGGCAUUCGACUGUCGAGGUACAUUGACUAUUUCAUUUUCUAAAUUUAGCAGGGCUGUCGUUGUUAAAUACGAACACACCCCUCUGCACAAGACGGUGGCAGACCUAGUAAACCUUCUCGUACCAUCAAUAACGCCCCCGCCAGUCGCGAAUCCUAACAUCAACGGCAACAGAUCAACCAAAGCCAAGCGUCCCCCGCCUGCCGAAGGGGAAGAAGGCACGCGCAAGAGGCGUGUAAAGAGGAAGAGCAGGACUGGUGGUGAAACUGUGGAGGACAGCCUGGACGAAGCAUUAUCGCAAGCGGCAGCUACUCCAUUACCAGCACCAGGGGCUGUCCAUACAGCAUCAAUUCUAAAUGUGCCUCCAGCAGAAGCUGCAAGACGCCGCGAGGUUGCCAUCACACUCCUCACUGGAAAGGAUAUUGAUCCGGCAACACUUUCAGCAGAACAGUUCAACAUAUUCGCGAACCAGGCGCCGCAUCUGCAAGAGCUGUCUCUCGACAUGCUAGCUAAGUAUGGUGCUGAACGGCUGAGAAUUGUGCAUCCUGACGAGAAAGAGCAAGGUUCCAACAAUUCCACGCCAGCGCAAAAUACCGGGUUGAACACUCCUGCUGGUGCUGGCUCCGCAUCAAUGCCUGGUGAUACGGACACGCCUUCCAAGACGAGGCGACCUAGCAAGAAGUCAGAAGCUGCCGGGUUUGAAGCUGCUGAUGGUAGCGUUGUGUCUGGCGCAGAUCAGUCUGCGCAGCCGAAACAGAUGAAGACCAGAGGAGGUUGUGAUACCUGCAAACAGAAGAAAGCCAAAUGCACAAAGGAGCAUCCUGUAUGCUCGGUGUGCAGCGAUGCAAGAGAAAAGUGUUACUAUGCAUUCGCGAAGCCGAAACCUAAGAGGAAGUCGGAGAAGUCGGCUGAAGUCAUUGAAAAUGACGAAUCAGAUAUUCCUGUCGAAACCGAACAACCCUCGCAAGAUGAGUUCGCCCAGCCUAUACAGGACGAGCAACCGUGCCAGGAAGAUUAUCCGCAAAAUGUACUAGAACAGCAAGAGCAAUCAGAAGUGCAACGGCAGCAACACCAUACCCAAGUUGCUCAAACGGCACAGAUGGAUCCUGAUAAUGACGAAUUCAUCCCCGAUCCAAACAUCCUCUCUGGACCAAUUGAUCUUGCGCACCCCGAACCCCAGCAAUCGGUCACGAACUUUUUUAAAGUGCACAGCAAUUCCGGCCUAACAUUUUCGCCGGCAACACAUCCUGAACCGGCACCGCAGAGAACCGGCGCAGUCUCUGAAUUCUCAUUCUCCGAAUCCGUGCAGGUUCACAUGGAGACAUCUCAGCCGCCAUCGGGGUUAACAUUCCCCUUAGUCGCACAUACUACGCCGCGGGAACAGCCCUCAGGCUUGACAUUCCCGUCGCAACCAUCCAUAACUCAGCAAAGCCAGCGACCGAAUCCGUCUCCUUCGAAGGACAGUAAUCGGCAUAACUUGCCAACGGCAUCUCAUCGAGCUGAGACUGCGGAUGCAACACAUGGGCAAUCCACACCGGGAUGGAACGACCUGCCAAAUUUGUCAGCAGUUGCUAGACGGACUACCACCCAGUCACCUACUCUCACUCAACAACAAGAAGCAAAACGUCCAAAGUCAUGCAGACCUGAGGCUGAGUCUAGUCCUCCCAUGUACGAUGCGUUGCAGCACACUACUGCCCCCUCUCAAACAACACAGCAGCGAAGGUAUUCUUCCCAAGCGCCAAAAUCUCAAUCUCCGCAUCAAAGUGCGGCGCAGAACCUAAACGCUCGCUCAAAAUCUCGACAAGAACACACAUCGCAGACAAAUACUCCGGUCGCACAAACCCCGAUUCCACCAUCACAAGUCCCUCCUGCACAUCAAACCAUCAACAGCUCGUACAGCCCUACAACCGCAACACCAGCCUCGAACUCCGUGUCAUCCUAUGACGUAUACGGUCGUUUCAACAGCACGAGCAAUGAUCAGGACUCCAGCUCGAGUAACGACCCAGCUUCAUCCCGAAUCGCAUAUGAACCGAGCUCAUACACUACGCAGUCGACCUCAGCAGCGUCUUCGUAUACAACACCUUCAUACGACUAUUCACGAAGCACUGGCUCGACUAAUCCUCUAAGCCAUGCCCUUAAUACGUCCGCUGGAUAUGGUACCUCGACGAGCACAAGUGUAAACCAGUGGACCACACCACAGAGCCGCGCAGCCCAAUCGAACAGUGCGGCAUCCAACACUACCGAUCCAUACGGCCUGUCGUCUUCGGGUGCGCAGGCUCCUUCGUCGCAGUCGUAUGCGAGAGACCCGUCUUCGUCACGGCGACAGACUUCGCAAAAUCCUACGUACAGAGGACAGUCACAGACACAGUCGCAGACACAGUCGCAGACACAGUCGCAGCCGCAUUCGUAUAACUCGUAUUCGUCGCAGCAACCAAGUGCAUCGCAGCAGCAGAACCAAGACCAGAACUGGUAUGGGUUCGCAUCAGCCAACAGCAAUGCCAACAGUACCGGCUACAGCAGCAAUUCUAGGGGAGGCGGCUAUGGCAACACGGCAGGCUUGGGCCACCCGGGUCCUUAUCAGGGCCAGCGAUCUAGUGUAUCGGGGUACUCUAGUCAUGGAUACGGAGGCUCAGAUGACAUUUAUGACUUGUUGAGGGCCAGUAGCUCGAGGGGCAACUGAUUGCGGAUAGCGGUCGUGGUUUCGUAUCCAAUAUCCAUGCGCAGUAUGUGUUGAAAGGGAUUUGAUGAAAAUUUCGUGUUGUGUGGAGGAAUUUGCCAUCAAGUUGGCUGCACGGCAUCAUAACCAGGCUAGAAAGGCCUGAAGGGAUGUUUUUUGCCGGUGCACAAAUGCUCUUUCACGAAUCUUGUAUAUAGCAUUAGGUUUGAUUAGGCGGAGCCGAGCAAUAUCGGGGCGGCCGGCGGGAUGAUACCAUUUUGCCGUUCUCUAGCUCAAUGAUGAAGCCUAAAUAUGUUGAAGACUACGUACCUCAAGAUCCUUGCCGAAGCAUUGUGUCAUUGCUGUCGUUGCACGACGGAAAACUUGCACCGUAGUCAUAACCAUGGA